AUGGCUGUGGGCGAGCAGCAGUGGGUGCGACGGUGCAAACGUGAGCCACUUCUUCUGACACGUGGCAAUGGCGACAUUUGAUUCCAUUUCAGGUUCUUCCGACUUCUUGAAUAGCGUGUCAUCGGCAAAGGCAAACAAUCACGGUAAUCUCGCUCAAAAAUGUCAUGCCUUUUUUUUUCAAAAAUGUACUUGAACUUAUCACAACAUCAACAAAACUUGUCCUCUCUACCGCACGUUAACUACUAUUACCAUUCACACAUCCAAAUGAUCCAGUUAGUCUUCUGUCUGUUUGACCGACAAACUUUGGUUGUUCGCAUGAGUGCCGACAGAUUAACCGAUCAAACUAAUGUGUUUGAGGCUGCUCCAAAAACGUCUGGCUAGCCAUGGAUCGUGCUUCGAAGUGCCCCCAACUGAACGGACUGGGCAACUCGGUGCCGAUUGCGGAAGCGUCCAUUCAGCCGAGACUCUACGGGAGGAGUGGAAUAUACAGUGCAAACUGCGAAUACAUGGCACGAUCCACUUUCUGAUGGCAUUCUUUUAUUUCUUUCAGGUGAUUGUUGUGAAGAGAAAGGGAUGCAUUCUUCUGGACACCGACAGUAUUCAGUUCAAGUGCCGCAACAAUUCAAUCUUUCACAACGGGCAUGAAGUGAGCAGCUUUGUUUGCGCGGAAAGCGUUUAUUAA